AUGGCUCAGCCGGCGAAGCAGCAAAACGAGCCGAUGGUCGUUGAGGAGGAGUAUUCGCAGAAGCCAGUCCCGCAGGUUGAAAAGGUCGACUACUCGGGUGCUCAUGAGAAGACUGAUCCCAAGGAAAUUGCCCUUCCUAUGCUUUGGAGCAUGUAUUGGCUCAACUACCUCGAUAGAAAUGCGAUUGCAUUAGCACGUCUAAACGAUCUCGAAGAUGAUCUCAACCUCACAAGCACACAGUAUCAAACUUGCGUCUCUAUCCUCUUCGUCGGUUACAUAAUUGGCCAAGUCCCAUCUAACAUGUUUCUCACUCGCACUCGCCCGAGCCGCUACAUGGGAGUAAUGAUGAUGCUAUGGGCCGUCGUGAGUGCCCUUACCGCCGUAUCCAAAGACUACGUCGGUCUUCUCCUCACGCGAUUCUUUCUCGGGGUCACAGAGGCGCCCUACUAUCCCGGUGCGGUCUAUCUACUCUCCAUCUUUUAUACGCGCAAGGAAGUUGCGACACGCAUUGCUAUUCUCUACACGGGAAACAUCUUGGCAACUGCUUUUGCCGGCCUGAUUGCCGCCGGAAUAUUCCACGGCAUGGACGGCGCUGCUGGCCUCGCUGGUUGGAAAUGGCUCUUUAUCCUCCAAGGCGCCGUCACAUUUGUCGUUGCCAUUGGCGGAUACUUUUUGUUGCCCGACUUUCCUCUGACUACGUGGUGGCUGACCCAAGAGGAGAAAGAUCUGGCGUACAACCGCAUGGAGCUUGAUACGGUCGCUAACAAGGGAGAGACGAGCACAUGGAAAGGCCUCCAGCAGGCUGCCAAGGAUCCCAUGGUGUGGAUAUUUUGUGCAAUGGCGCACAUGCAUCUUGCUGCCAAUGGAUUCAAAAACUUUUUUCCAACUGUGGUCCAAACCCUCAAGUUCAACACAACCAUCACCCUCGUGCUCACCUGCCCACCGUAUCUCAUUGCCGGCGCCAUUACGAUCCUCGUGUCCUGGUCCUCGGGUAAAAUGAAUGAGCGCACCUGGCACAUUACUAUAUCCAAGGCUGUAGCCGUCAUUGGCUUUGUCUGUGCUGCCGCCACUCUCAACACCGUCGGCCGCUAUAUAUCCAUGGUCAUUUUCACGAUUGGUACGUACGGCGUCAACAGCCUCAUUCUCGGCUGGUGUGGUAGUGUGUGUGGCCAGACAAAGGAGAAGAAGGCGGUUGCAAUCAGCAUGGUUACCAUGAUUAUGAAUGUCAGCUUCAUCUGGACGCCGUACCUGUGGCCAAAGAGUGACGGCCCGCGUUACACCAUUGCCAUGGCAAGCAGCGCAGCGUUUAGCAUCGCCACGGCGAUGCUAGCAUGGAUAGCCAAGCUUAUUAUGCUGAGGCGUAAUAGGGCGCUUAGAGCUAGCGACGACGAGACUACCAAUUUCUAUGUCUACUAG